AUGAAACGUCAACGAACUGAUACUUUCAAUGGCAAUGAUAACAAAAGAUUCUUACCGAUGAUUGAAUCUUUUAGCAAGGCACAAUUUGAAGAUCUUCCGAAUGAAAUUAUUUAUGACAUAUUCGAUUAUCUUGAUUUUUAUCAUGUUUAUCAGAGUUUUUAUAACCUAAAUACUCGAUUUCAUUCUUAUUUUCUCGACUCAAAUGUUCCUCGAAAAAUCAAUCUUUUUUUAAUGUCUAAAACAACAUUUAAUCGUUAUAAUGAAGAUAUAAUUCUAUCAAAUAGACAACAAAUUCAUACUCUACGCAUAUCAAAUUAUUUUAUGUUUGAGAAAAAAUCAUUUUCUUUCUCAUAUCAAACAUCUCUUCGAACAUUAAUUAUCGAAAAUAUCAAAUCAGCAGAUGUAAAAGUUAUCCUUCGUCAAUUAACUUCAUUAUUAAAUCUUACCUCAUUGAGUAUUUCAACUUUGAAUACAAUUGAAAAUAUCAAUUCUUUUUAUGAACAAAUAUUUUGUUUACCAACAUUAAAAUAUUUGAAAUUAUUAGUGGGAAGAAAGUAUCCAAAAGUUAUAUCACCAAUAACUAUCAAUAAACACACAUCAAUCGAAUAUUUAAUAUUCGAUCAUGGAAUAGAUUUGAAUGAAUUAAUUGCAUUAUUAUCACAUACUCCAUGUCUUCGACAUUUAUCAGCAAUGUUAUGGCAUAGAACUAAUUUUGAAUUAAAAUCUCCUUGCAACAUUAUGACUGAUUUAACAUAUAUGUCUUUAGAAUUGUGUAGUAGUAUACCACUCGAUGAUUUACAAAGAUUUUUCAUUAAUCAUUGUCCUUUUGUUGAAAUAUUACAUAUUUCUGCUAAUGAAGAAUAUAUUAAUGCGACUGAAUGGAAACAAUUGAUGUCUUCAUCUUUACUAAAUUUACGAAUUUUUAAUAUUCAAUUUCUAGUAUAUUUUACUACCGAACCACCAUACGAAGAAGAUAUUGAACAAAAAAUGAAACUUUUUAAUUCUUUAUUUUGGACUGAACGGCAAUGGUUGUUUGAAUACGAGGUUUCUAUGACAAUCGAUAAUUUUAAAAUAAUUAUUUAUUCGACAAAAUCAUUUGGAAGAACGAAAUACAAAAUAUGUGAUGAAUCACAUGGGAUAAUUGACAUCAAUCAUCUCAAAUCAGUUGACCAUAUUAAAAUUGCAAGUAAAAAAGCAAUUAAUCAAUACAUGUAUGAUUUUCCACAUGCUACUAAACUUACUCUCGGACAUACUCUUUCGAUUACUUCUUCUGCAAUGAUAAUAAAUGAAAUUAUCGGUAUUCUACGUUUAAAACAAAUAGAAGUUCUCGCUAUUGAAUAUGCUUAUUUAUGUCCUGUGAUAAUGUGCAAAUUAUUAGAUUUUAUGCCUAAUAUUCAUACAUUAACAUUUCAUUCAAUGUCAUUUAAGGAAAAUAAUACAUUAUCUAUUGAACAAAAUGACAUAUUUCAAUCAAUAUCAAAAAGAAAUGUAAUUAAAAAUGUUACAUUCGAAGGAGAUUGUGCAUUAUACAAGCUAAAACUGAUCCUUGAAUUAUUUCCGCGCUUACAAUGUAUUAGACUAGAUUCAAAAUUAGAGCAUAUUCAAUCAAUAUUAGAAUAUCUCUCGGACAAGAACCAUUUAAUUUUAGUAUGUUUUUUAUAUGCAAGUAGAUGUUGCAUUUCACGUAUAAAUAAAUUAAUCAAAGCUGGAAGUUUGUCAUAUAACUUUAAAACAGCAUAUGAUGAUCGUAAUCGUAUAGUAUAUGUAUGGUGGUAA